AUUCGAAACAGCGCGGCCACGCGCCACGAUUCGAAAAAAAAAACUGUUCCAAAUUCAAACCUAUCUUUUUAAAAGUGUUCGAAAACCACAAACACGUUGCGUUCAAGUGCCAGUGUGUUCAUCGUAGAGACUUUGGCGUGUGACUUGAUAUUUCAUUUUAAAGGUCCGGAAGCCAAGAUGACUCUAGAACAGCCAGCCGGUGAGAUGUGGCAGAAGAUCCGCGAGGAGUUAAACGAGAAAGCGGAUACUAAGGAUGCUGACCUCGCCCAUAUUAAGGAGUGGCUGAAGAAGGAACCUCACCUUCCUGAUGAAUUCGAUGACCAGCGCAUCAUGACCUUCCUUCGCGGCUGCAAGUUUUCCCUGGAAAAGACCAAGCGUAAACUGGACAUGUACUUCACCAUGCGUGCGGCCGUGCCCGAGUUCUUUACCGACCGCGAUGUCACCCGCCCUGAGCUUCAGGAGAUCCUCAAUAUUGUGCAAAUGCCGCCUCUGCCUGGACUUACUCCUGAGGGUCGCCGAGUCAUCUUAAUGAGAGGAAUGGACAAAGACAUCCCAACCCCGAACGUGGCAGACGCCUUCAAGCUGGCACUCAUGCUGGGAGACGUGAGGCUGAACGAAGAGAAAGAGGGAGUGGCUGGAGACGUGUACAUUCUAGACGCUUCUGUGGCCACGCCCACGCACUUCGCCAAGUUCACGCCGACGCUGGUGAAGAAAUUCCUCGUGUGUGUACAGGAAGCCUACCCAGUCAAGCUGAAGGCGGUACAUGUGAUCAACGUGUCGCCACUGGUGGACAAAAUCGUCAACUUCGUCAAACCUUUCAUCAAGGAAAAGAUCAGAGACAGGAUUCAUCUCCACUCUGAUGUCAAUGAACUCUACAAGCGUCCCCAAGAAAUGCUUCCCACAGAAUACGGCGGCAACUGCGGCUCCAUGACUGAUCUGCAUAAUUCAUGGGUGAAGAAAUUGGAAGAGUACAAAGACUGGUUCGCUGAGCACGAAAACAUCAAAGCGGACGAAUCUCUCAGACCUGGCAAACCUACCAACUACGAUGAGCUCUUUGGCAUCGACGGCUCCUUCCGUCAACUCGUCAUCGACUUAAACACUGCCAUAGUUCAUUUGGCCCGAUCAGUUGCCCAACAAGAGUUUAGCGCGCUCGCCAGUUUACUCAGUGUGACUCGACCGACGGAGCCGGGCGCACGUCUCAAUUCCUCACGAAAUCAAACUUUCGCAACUUUUCACCUUUUAAGUGCAAGGACGACCGGUCAAAAAAUGACGGCAGCCACCUUAGUCCAGCCCACGGGUGAGCUGUGGAAGAAGACCCGAAUCGAGCUGAAUGAAGACCAGAACACGAAGGACCGCGACCUUGACAUCAUUAAGGAGUGGCUGAGGAAACAGCCGCAUUUGCCGGAUGAGUUUGAUGAGCAAUGCCUCCGUAACUUCCUUCGUGGCUGCUCCUACUCGUUAGAGAAGACCAAGCGUAAGCUGGACAUGUACUUCACAAUGCGGGCCGCUUGUCCCGAGUACUUCUGCAAUCGGGACAUGAGCCGGCCGGAGUUGGCGGACCUGGCUAACAGAGCUCAAGGACCACCGCUGCCAGGUCUGACCCCUAAUGGUCGUCGUGUCACUAUUUGCAGAGGAAUAGACAAGAACGUUGAUACUCACCAGCUGAUCGAUGCGUUCAAGAUGGCAAUGAUGGUUGGUGAUGUGCGACUGAAAGAGGAGAUAGAGGGAGUGGGAGGGGAUGUCUACAUUCUAGACGCUUCUGUUGUGGCUCCCAGCCAUUUGGCCAAGAUUUCACCCACCGCUGUCAAGAAGUUUUUGAUUUGCGUGCAGGAAGCCUACCCCGUAAAGCUGAAAGAGGUGCACGUCGUGAACGCUUCGCCUCUCAUCGACAAAAUCAUCAACUUCGUGAAGCCUUUCCUUAAGGAGAAGAUCAGAAAACGGAUCUUCUGCCACACUGACAUAUCGACUUUGUACGAGCACGUCCCCCAGGAAAUGCUUCCGGAAGAAUAUGGUGGCAAUGGAGGAUCCUUGGCUGAUAUUAACAAAGCCUGGCACGCGAAGCUGAUCGAAUACACCGCCUGGUUCAAAGCCCAGGAGUCAGUGAAAGCCAACGAAGCGCUCCGGCCCGGUCGGCCCACCAACUAUGAUGAGCUAUUCGGCAUCGAUGGCUCCUUUAGACAGCUCUCUAUAGACUAGAAGUCGUUUGGAUGCAGUUUAGAGUAAAGAUAAUAUGUAAAGUAGAAGUAAGAUUCUCCCACGUGACGGCUUAAAGUUAGAUAUCGUUGUUGUCGUCGAUAUAUCGGCGUCCAAUCGUAAAAUUGGGCAGAUUCACACACAUUACAUACGUGAAUGUUUAUGUCUCGAAACCCCGCAAUGUGGGGCUCAUAUUCCUUCGGGCGUCUGAAGCAAUCGAAAUAAUCUAAACAUUUUCUUAUUGGCUUAAUAAUGUGAAUAAUUAAUUAGUAACUAACUAUUUUGGCUCAGUGAUCCAAAGUGAAUCUUGGUCUCCGAAACGAGAGAUCGCCACCUGUCCCGAUCCUGCGCAGCCUCUUGCCAGUGACUGACUUGAAGCCCACGCAGAUCCGCCACCACACUGUCCUCCCAGCGAUACCUGGGAUAAUAAUACAACGAAAAAUACCUCACAACGAUUUGCCUGAUCUUACGAACGGUUGUCGACAAACAGGUUGAAUUAUACAAUUUAAUAAUGAGAAACACGUAAAAAGCGUAAAAAGUUUGUCACUAGUAAUUUUGCAGAUUUUUAUGAUAUUUCUUCAUUAAGUGUAAAGAUAAUGAAAAGCAAAUAUAAAAAAAAGUUUUUUACAUUGAGACGAUUUUUUUACAGUUUUAUAAAUUUCAAUUGUAUUAGUAGGACAGGGAAUAUUAUUAAACAUAAUAGUUCCUUGCUUUGAAAUGUAAAUUUAGAUGCCUAAUAUAUUUAUGUAGUUUUUGUACUCAGUUGGUUUACGUACCUUGGCUUGGGCAAAUUACGUGCCUAAAUGCGAUAAUUUUUCUUUUUUAUUUCGUGAUAUUAAUUUUAUAAGUACUAUAAUAAUUCUACAUGUCUCUAUUACCUUGGUUUACGUAUAUUGCGUUUGUUCAGGUGGGUAAAUAAGGUUAUCAUUAGUUAUAUUCUCAUUUCUAUUUAAGUUUAUAUACUUACUUUCAAUUUUAUAAUACAUUUCGGUAAGCUACAAAA